AUGGACGACGUGUGCGCCGAGCUUGGGCGGCUCAGCAACGAGAUCGACGCUCUGGUCUACGAGACGGAGGGCCUAGGCGCUCCGCUGCAGGUGAACCAGGUCGACUGGGACAAAGUGCAGACCUACCUGGCCCCCAACUUCACCUGGAACGACUACAGUGCAUUCGGCUCGAGGGGCAACUACAGCGACUACCAGGCCUAUUGGGAGGCCCUGAACAUGGCCAACAGCCAAUGGGCGCUGCAGAACGUGUCGACCGAACAGUGGGUCUCGUGCGACCCGGUCGCCCUGCGCGGGAUGUCUCAGUGGCGCGAGACCUUCGCCUCCACAGCCGACCCGACUCGCCAGGAGGUCAGCACCUCCAUCUACACCAUCGAGUUCGACUCCGACCUCAAGGCCACCCGCCAGGCCUACUGGACCUCAGGCAACAUCGCCAACCUCGUCCGCGGCCAACCCUGA